AUGCACAGAUUUUUUUCCUGGUUUCCUAAAUAUAGAUUGGUGAGAAAUUGGUCCACAAUGAGCACUCAACACAAUAUGUACAAAUAUUCACCUCCGGUCAAUAGAUCGAUGAAAGAGUUAGAUAGGAGUUUCUUUACCAAAAAGAUCCCAUUAGUGGUGGUCAAAUUUAAGGAUCCUCGUAAUAUUAGCGAGUUUGCAAAGAACUACAAGGAAUCUAUAUUAAGAAUCCCAAGAAUACCUCAUGUGAUCAAACUUGAGUAUAAGGAUGGCCAUGCUCCAUCAAAGACGGUUGCUUGUGACAAUGAAUUAGUCACAAAAGGUGUUCUUUUAACUGAUAAGAUAACGAAUGUUCAAGAUGUUUCUAAAGUACUCUCGCAGGGAGCUGUUGACUACUUAAAUGAGAAACAAGCUGAGCUUUUGCCAUAUGAAUAUACCUUGGACUAUAAUUUUUGGAAAGCUGAGGAGAUUCUGAGAAGUGUGUUACCAGAGGAAUUUUUGGAUGAGGUUCCAACAGGAUUUACUAUAACAGGCCAUGUCGCUCAUCUCAACUUGAGGAACGAAUUCAAGCCAUACGAUUCAUUAAUAGGACAGGUGAUUUUAGAUAAAAACAACAAGAUCGAGUGCGUAGUGGAUAAAGUUAGCUCAAUUGCAACACAAUUCAGAACAUUCCCAAUGAAAGUUAUAGCAGGUGAUAGCACUAACUUAGUUGUUGAACAAAAAGAAUCUGACUGUACUUUCAGAUUCGAUUUCAGCAAAGUUUAUUGGAAUUCUAGACUACACACUGAACAUCAACGGUUAGUAACAGACUAUUUUAAAGAUGGUGAAAUUGUUUGCGAUGUAUUUGCAGGGGUUGGUCCAUUUGCUGUUCCAGCAGGUAAAAAACCUAGUUUUGUCUUAGCCAAUGACUUGAACCCAGAAAGUUUCAAAUAUUUGCAAGAAAAUAUAACUCUUAAUAAGGUUUCUGAUUUUGUAAAACCUUUUAAUCAUGAUGGUGCAGAAUUCAUAAAACAGUCAGCUAAUAUAUUAGAUAAUUUCAGAGAAGAAUCAAAUGGAGUUGUAAGACAUGCUAUAAAACUAAGAGGUAAGAAAAGAAGAAAGGGAAAUGAAAAUGAACCACAACCUAAACAGCUAGAACAGCAAUAUAAGGAAUACAUUAUACCUAAGAAUAUUAGCCAUUAUGUUAUGAACUUACCUGACUCUGCAUUAACAUUCUUGGGAAAUUUUAAUGGUGUAUAUAACAAUAUUGAUCCAGAAAUCUACAAAGAAAUGCCAUAUGUACAUGUUCACUGCUUCGAGAAAUAUGAAAAUGGCGAAGAAGUCUCCAUGGAAGAAUUGCAUAAACGAGUAUUCAAUAGAAUCUUGAAAGAAAUGGACUGUUCUGCUGAUAUUUUGCCAUUUGAAGCAGUUGCUUUCCACCUGGUAAGAAAGGUUUCACCAACAAAGCCAAUGUUUUGUUGCAGCUUUAAACUUCCCAAAGAAGUUGCAUUCAAGCAAUGA